AUGCAAAAAACUCAAGAGGAUGCAAUCUCAUCCACUGCAUACAAGCCUGAGAGAUCCUACCAAGAACAGUCUCACAUCUCCAAAAUACUUCAGAGACAACAUGCAGAAUGCUUGCCACCACUAGACCAACAGGACGAACUAGUCCAGGGCUAUGAAGACAGGAAAACUGAAGAUUUUACCACCAUCAUAGACCUGCCAGGAGUUGGUAACAAGAAGGAACACACAGUGACAGAACUCAAAGCCCUUACUCUCGAGGACAGGGAUUACCAUAGAGAUUCCUGGACCCAAGUCUAUAAAGAUGGCUCUGCUGAAAAUGCUGUCAAAAAUGGAGGAGGGGGUGUCUUUAUCAGAUAUGUUGAUGAAAGCUUCAUAUCGAAGUCCAUUGCAACUGGAUAUCUCUCCACCAACGUCAGAGCUGAGGCAUGUGCACUACUUGAAGCAGCUAAAGUAUUAAACUUACAAGACAAACUGUCUCCCAACACCGUUUUCCUUACAGACUGCAGAUCUCUACUACAGAGCCUCCAGACACAUUGUGGUGAACAUAUCCUGUUGAAUAUCAGGAGGGAACUUCAAGAUAUGUCAAAAAGAACAAACAUAAUCCUUCAAUGGAUACCAUCCCACUGUGGCGUGCCAGGCAAUGAAGAAGCAGACAGGCUCUCAAAAACAUGA